AUGUGCAAGAGCCGGUUUACAAAGUCCAGUCUUAGGGGUUAUCCUUUGGAAGACAUAUAUGCUGCGGUUGGAGACACAAAGGUUAUCAACAGUGUGUUAGUUCCAACUAUUGGUGAGAAAAUUAUGCUGGCUCGUAUCAUUGAUGAGGAGCGAGAGUAUGACCGUCAGGGCAGCCCAAGUGAUACUUGGAACUACUGGUUAAAUGUGAAGCAGAAGAAUAUUUGGUGGAAAGAGCUAGACGAGUUUGAUCAAGCUGCACGAGGAGUGUUACCAAAAAAGAAAGACAAAGAAAAGGUGACGUUUGCAGAAGGAUCAUCCUCUAAUUCUGGUUUAGAUUCGAGGUUGCAAGGUCUGGAAGAGAGGAUUUUGAAGUUCAUGGGAGAAGGAUUUGUUGGACUUCACGUAACGGUGAAGACAAAGCUGGAGUCUCUAGGCUCAAGGAUGAGUGAUAUUAAAAAGAACCAGCGGCUUUUGAGAAGAAGGGCUAAGAAAAUAGAAGACAGGCUAACUUCUAUUGAGAGUAAGGUGGAGCCGAGUCGUGAUGAAGACAUGGAUUUUCGACAGUGGGACUAUGGCACACAUGAAGAGAAGGACAAAGCUAAUGCUGAGCAAGAGGCUGGGAAAGAGAAGGAUAACAUCGAGAAUGCUGAGCAAGAGGCUGAGAGAAAAAAUGAAAACAGUGAUGAAGAAGAAGGUGAAGAGAAAGAGGCUAAUGACAAUACUCAGCAAGAAGGUGAGAAAGAGAAAGAAAAUAUUGAGGCUGAUGAGCAAGACAAGGAAGACAGUGAGAGUGAGAGUGAGAGUGAUGAGUUGAAACAAUUGAAGGAGAGAAGUAGAGCACAAGCUGAUAAACUGUGGAAGGAAAUUGAAGCGAAUGAAGAAGAGGUUGGAGGGAAACAAGAUGAAGAAGAAGGUGAAGAGAAAGAGGCUGAAACCAGUGAGGAAGAGAAGGAGAACAGUGAGGAUGAUGAGAAAGUUGAAGAAAAAAUGGUGGAAUCUGAGGCUGAAGGCAAAGAUGAUCAAGCAGAGGUUGAAGGGAAAGAGGAUCAAGAAGAAGAAGUUGAAGGGAAAGAGUCUGAAACCAAGGAGCAAGAAAAGGAGAAAAGUGAGACUGAUGAGGUGGAAUCUGAGGCUUGA